AUGAACGACACACCAUUAUCAUCGAAUCUCAUCGAUAGAACAUCGAGUACUAUCUAUGUUAGUAAUAUUAGACACUCGACUCCAAUAAAUUCAAUUUUUAAUAUUUUCUCAAAGUUUGGACCACUAGAAAGAUGUGAAAUUCCAGAGAAUAAAUUUGGAAAAACUCGUGGAUUUGCAUUCAUUGAGUUUGAAAAUAAAGCAAAUGCUUACACGGCAUUUGAAGAAUUAGCCAAACAAGAGAUUCUUUUGGAUGGAAGAGUGUUAAAAUUAGAAUGGGCUAGGGCCACCAAAUUGUACAAAGAAGAUAUUCAAAAUCUUAGUUCCGAAUCUAAAGAGAAAAUUAUGGGUGCCUUUUCUAGAAAUCAUAAUUUCGACUCUAGAUACUCUAAAAAGGGUGCUCCAACUAAUUCCUCAAAUAAUACUAGAAAAACUAAUGGUGGCGGAAUCUCAAAAUCAGUUAAUAAUAAUAAUAAUAAUAAUAAUAAUAAUAAUAAUAAUAAUAAUAAUACAAAUAAUAAUAAUAAUAAUAAUAAUAAUAAUAAUAAUAAUAAUAAUAAUAAUAAUAAUAAUAAUAAUAAUAAUAACAAUAAUAAUAAUAAUAAUAACAAUAAUAAUAUCAUCAAUAAUACUCCAAUUAAUGGUGGAAUUCACUCUUCAUCUUCAUCUUCAACUAUUAUUCAAUCAACUAAUAAUAGUAUUGCUUCAAAUAACAACACAUUAGCAUCAGUAUUAUCCAAUUCAAAUUCUAACCCACUACCAUCAUCUUCUUCACAAGCAUCUUCAUCAUCAACACCUUUAACAAUACAAUCCUCAACUUCUAAUAAUAAUAAUAAUAAUAAUAAUAAUAAUAAUAAUAAUAAUAAUAAUAAUAAUAAUAAUAAUAAUAAUAAUAACAUUUCAUCAAAUGUUUUAACAAAUAAUGUAAUAAAUGGUGUUGGUAGAAUUACAUCAUCACCAUCAUUCACUAGUUCAUCAAACAUUAACAACAACAACAACAACAACAACAACAACAACAACAAUAAUAAUAAUAAUAAUAAUAAUGUAAAUCAUUCACCAGCAUCAUUGGGUUUGAAUAAUAAUAAUAAUAACAACAAUAACAAUAUCAAUUGCAAUGGUUUUUUAAAUAUAAUGGGUACAAAUAACAAUUGUAAUAGUUUCGAUCUAAAUUUAACAAGUUUAGGAAAUUCUAUGGUAAAUAUACCAUUGUCACCUUCACGAUCACCCUUAUGUAAUUUAUCAAAUUCACCAUCUUCAAGUUCUUCUUCCUCUUCUUCACCUCCAUCACUUUCACAACAACAACAACAACAACAACAACAACAACAACAACAACAACAACAACAAAUUCUUACUCCUAAAAAGAAAAUGAUUUCCACUUCAAACGGUGGUACAUUUAUAAAGAAAGAAGAUACUUCGCCAUUGUUGAGUAAUAGUAAUAUUUCAUAUUAUCAAUAUACUCAACAACAACAACAACAACAACAAUUACAGCAACAACAGCAAUUGAAUGGUGUAACUCAGUCACCAACUCAAUCGCCAAUUAAAAAGUAUAAUUCAAUUGCUUCAAAUGGUAAUGGAGUUCAUCAUAACUCUUUAAAUGGUUCAAUGAAUCAUUACCAUCAGCAACAACAACACCAACACCAUCAUCACCAUCAUCACCAUCAUAAUAAUAAUAAUAUGAUUAGUAGUAGUGUCAAUGGUACUACUUCAACCAACCCUUUAUUACCACUACCAUUGUCAUCGACUACACAUUCUUUAUCAAAAAGUUUAAAUGGUACUACAUCAAGUGGUAUUAACGAUCUUCACCAUCAACAACAACAUAUCUCGAAUUAUGGUCAAUAUUUUGGAAUCCCGAACUUUAAUCAAUCAGUUGAUUUCAAUCUUUCCUUUAAUCAUACCAUCACCAAUCUAUCGAAUCUUGAUCUUCGUGGAAUUAACAUCUCUGAUAAUAUUAAUUCAUCAUCGAAUAGUGGUUCAACUUCAUCGAGUUCAAUCACAACAUCAAGUUUAAGUAUAAAUAAUAAUAAUAAUACAAACAAUAACAACAAUAAUAAUAAUAAUAUUAUUAUUAAUAAUUCAAAUGGAAGUUCACCAAAUUCUUCUUCCCCAGCGAUUAACAAUGGAACAAGUACCAUUGGUGGAAGUAGUUCUACACUUUCCUCAUCAACAAAUGGCAAUUCAUUAAAACAAAUUGCCGGAGGUGGUUCAUCGUCAUCGUCAUCAUCCUCCUCUUCUUCAACCACAUCUUCUCCAACAACCCCUUUAACUAAUAAUAUCAACACCAACUUUACGAAUCAUUUACAAAAUGGACUUUUCAACGACGAAUUAAGAUAUCUUUCCGAAUUUAAUGCUUCUUUGUUUGUUGUAAAUAACAAUAACAUUAACAACAACAAUAACAAUAGCAAUACCAAUGGUUUUUCGAAUUUUUCAACAACUACAAAUGGCAAUCAUGAUUUAUUAUCGCAGCCAGCUUUAAGCCAUAAUCACAAUCAACAACAACAUCACAACCUUCACCAUCUUCAUCAUCAACAUCAUUAUUUUGCAAGUAAUCAAGAUCCAGUUUAUGUAUCAUCACCACCUGGUAUCAAUUCUUUUACACAUUUUUCAAAUUCUCCAAUUUCAAAUUUUAAUAACAAUUCUCCAUUUUUCAAAUCAAAUUUUAAUUAA